AUGAGUCUCGACGUGCAAGAUGUUCUCGAUGAAAUCUACGGUGAUGAGAGCGAUGCGGGACACAGGGUGGAACAAAGUGGAAGUUAUCGGGGGAGAAAUAAACGGGAGAUGAGCGCCAGUGGAUUUCAGAUACGCGGUGGACAGAAUUGUAUGGAUCGAAGACAUCCACCGAAUGUGAAUCCAGAAAAAUAUCUGGAGUCAGCGCAUUGUUUACGUUUCAGCGAUUUAUGGUAUUCAGUUUAUAAACUUGAGAAGCCCGUUGUUGAGCACGGGGUUUAUAUUCAGAUAUUCAAGAGGAAAAAUACAGGAUGGAGGGAUUUGACUCGAGGCGAGAUGAUUAGAUUAGGAACUUUUACGAGACAUCAGAGAGAUAAAAUUCCAACGAUAGUUUUCACAUACACCCAGGAAAAAUCAGAAGCCCCAGAAUUGAGUUUGAAUCCAAAUACCCAGAGGCUGUUGAUUCCACUCGUUGAAAAUAUUGAUAAAAAAUCAGGUAGAAAAACCUCAGAGGGAAUGAGCGAGUAUCUGAUAAUUCCAUCGAAUCAAAUAACCAGCGAGGGGCGCGAGUGCGACAAGGCUGGAGUUGGUUUUUCAGCUUUUGUCAUGCAGAAAGAUCGAUGCGCACGUAAACGCGGCAGUUGCCUGAGGAAUCAGCCCCUUGACUACUGGCGGCACGAUGUGAAUGCCCGUCAGUCCGGUAAACCGGGCUGCUACUUCCUGAGCAAUUUCGCCGAGGUACCAGUCAAUCCCAUCAAGUACAACGUGACUGAUGCUGGUGAAGGACGAGAGUAUCUCGGUCUUGUGCAAAAUAACCAUCACGUGUCUACCCUCGAGAUUGAGGUCACGGCUGAUGACAAUAACGUCAUCACUACUGGCUCGGAUGCACGUAUAACUGAGGUCCACGUUGUUGCAACAGCCGAAAUAAUAAAACUGUCGAUCAGGCUAACGAACACGGGAUUAGUGUCUUCAGAUUAUCAGGCACGUAUCGUUGGCUGUCCAUCGGGAUUACCGAACUCUUGGGCGCAUGCAAUCACACGAAAAUACCGAGUUCCACCCCAGCACGAUUCACUAGUGACUCUGGAUAUCCCUGGGGGAGUUGUCAUUGACAGAUUCAAGUGCAAUGUUGAAGUGAUAAACUAUCGUGGUGAGUUGGUGGCUGCUAGGAGGAUCAUAGUGCACAAGAUGAAUCGUUGUUUCUGCCUCUGGCACUGCAUUUGCACGUGCUAUGAAAGCCCCCGUGGAUUUUCAUGCUUACCGAUGACACCUGAGCAUUAUCAUCAAGCUGGAUUCCGUGGUCCAGUGCCGGCAAUCAAUCCCAGAACUUUGGGACUAUUUAAAAUGGCCAUUGACAUUAUCAUAAUCAUCACCAUUAUCUUCACCAUUUUCCUGGCACUCGGAAUCGUUAAGUGGAUUAUUGGAGUUCUAUCUCCCCCCGUUGGUCGCUGGGGAUUGAAUAAUCUCGUUGCUGGAUUAAGAAUUGAGGAGUACUACGAGCCCGAGCUCAAGUGUAGGUGUGUCGUUACUGAUGAUGAGGGCAUUCCCAUUCAUCCAGACACUGGCAGACGAACUGUUCGAUUAUGCAGUAGAACUGUGGAAUUUGUCAUCAAUUCUCUCUUCUUGUUCAUUUAUCCGUGCUGUGUUCUCUGCGAUUGCAUGGGGAAAAUUGUUAAAUGCAGACGAGCGAGACCACCCGAUGAUAGUAAGGAUCGUUUGAUCGAUAAAGAGGGACCGCGGAUGAUAUCCGUGAGAUCCUACGGAGACACCAGAAACUCAAAGUUGGAGCAAGAGGACACUGAGUACGUAAUUACGGAGCUGAAAAGGUCUCGAGUGUCCCUUCAAGAUUUUUCCAACAAGCCGAAGAAUAAAUUCUGA